ACAAUGUUGGCAAUAUUGGUACGGUAGGAAAUAUUAUAAUCCAUAGGUUUGGUGGUCAAGUUUGCAAUUUGGACUGAAUAAUAGUAUAAUAGUGAUCAAUUGGUAAUGGCUGGCUGGAUUUUUCAGCUUUUCAUUUUGCCCCACCUUCUCCUUUCAUCUCACAAUCAUAACUUGAGUUGAGCACGUUCCCGAGACAUCUCAAAUUUCCUCUGCUGAGAAUUUCACAAGUACCAGGUGGUUUAUUCAACCAAUAGUGGAUCUUCAAUUUAUUGGUUUCAGUGUUCUUGUAUGUGUGUGUCUGUUUUCAUUUUGAUGAAUUCAUGUUUAUGAGCCACAAGUGCAAAUGGGAAUGAAAUGAAGAAUGGGGUUUAGAGUUAGUCAAGACAAGUGGUGUGGUGUCCUAUGUUAUGACUGCACACAUGUGAAGUGAAGUAGAGACUAUUCAGUCCAUAGCAGCUGUUUCUAGUGUGUGUGUCAUUGCAUUCCUCAUCCUUUUCCUCUUUUUUCACGCCUUAAUUUCUCUCUCUUUGUCCCUCUUCCUCUCUGGAAUUUGGAGCAUCAGCCAGCACUCUAUGGAUUCUCUGAUUGGUAAUUGGCCAUCCUACGAUCCUCACAACUUCAGUCAGCUUCGACCUUCCGAUCCUUCUAGUUCUUCUAAAAUGAUGCCGGCCACUUACCAUCCUACUCACAACAGGACUCUUCCAGCACCUGAUCAAGUUCCAACAGUGAUAAGUACUGAAGCCAAAAAUAUCCUCAUGAGACAUAUUUAUCAGCAUGCUGAGCAGAAGUUGAAUCCAAAAAGAGCUGCAUCUGAUAACCUUCUUUUACCAGAGCAUGGAUGCAAGCAACCUAGGGUUUCCAGCUGACACUUGCCCGUUUCCAUUGACCUUUGUGAUCGUGAGCAAGUUUCCAAAAGAUCAGAACUUACAAGAGUGAACUUACAAGAGUUUGGUGCUUGUUUGGAACUCUGAACUAUUUUGGCAGCUAUAUAGACUUGGGAGCGUGUGAAAAUAAACCCUGUUAAUGCCCAUCAAAGUUUACCAUGAAUGAAAUAAUGAUAUGCUUUUGUUGUUUAUUUUUGUGUCAUGCUUGUUGUACUCUACCCACAACUGAUUGUCCACAAUAGUUGGGAAGAGAUAAGUGCUUGAUUGAGGAUUUUCAAAAUCUAUCUAUCUUUUGGACUCAGGAGCAUAUUCUGGGGCCAUAAUGUUCUCCAUCUAACUACAAUUAUUUA